AUGGAGUGUGCCGAGCAGGCUCUCAAUCUAACCCGUGCUCCUGUCAUGUUCUCGCACAGUAAUGCCUACUCGGUCUUCAACCAUCCUCGUAAUGUAUCCGACAAAAUCCUCGAUAGGAUCCCGCAGAAUGGCGGCAUCAUCAUGGUGACCUUUGUCCCAGAGCAUGUUGCUGCAAAGCGUCGCGAUGCAACCAUGAAUCAUGUUCUCGAUCACCUCUUUUAUAUCGCCGAUCGUAUCGGCUGGGAUCAUGUCGGUCUCGGAUCCGAUUUUGAUGGGAUUGCUUCUCGCAUCCCAGGUCUAGAUGAUGUUCGCUGCUAUCCUAUCCUGCUCAAGGCGAUUUUAGACCGUGGAGCAAAUGAGAGCCAGCUUGCUAAGGUAGCGGGGGAAAAUAUGCUUCGAGUGUGGCGUGAUGUGGUCAAGGUGCGAGAGCAGAUGAGGAAAGAGGGUGUAUUGCCCGUCGAAGAUGUCUGGGAGGGAAGGCAAUGGUGGCGUUUCGACGGCAAGUACCAAAUGGCCGAUCCAGACCCGGAAGAUAAGAUGGGAUACGAUGUUAGUGUCUAUUGCGCCCUUACCCUAACAGACAUUCAUACUGAUGUUGCACAGUUCUUUGGCGUUCCGAAGCCUGACGAUGCUUAG